AAAAGCUAUAUCACAUUUUUGUAAUCGCUGCCAGUGCAGAAGGUACACAGGAAAAAAAAAAGUCCCUCGAGGCUUGUUUUAUUCUCAGAAGGCUAAAGUAAUUACCAAAAUAACCUUAAGACUUAGUCAACACGCAGAAAGGGGAAGUGGUUAAUGGUCUUCUUUCCGAUCCACAGUUCUGUAUACUGAAAAGCAGCUCAGAUGUUUUCCUUGUUUUGAAGUGUGAGUUUUUUUGACAGCUUUAAUGUAAUUUUUUUUCUAUCUUUCCUUCUCUCUUUGUCUUUAAUUCUUCUGUGUUGUCGAGCAGGAUGUCCGAGAAUAUUUGGCGCAAAUUCUUCUGGGUGUGGGUGUUAGCUGGGAUUGUUUUUGCGAGUUUGGUGAUCUGCCUCAUCUUCCUUCUUAUCAACAUGUGCAUAUCCAGAUCAGGCAAACACAGAAUCUCACAGCUCAACAGAGGAAAUGGCUUCAAAAUCGAGAGCAACAAAUACCAGGAGAGUGGCUUCAAAGCCGAUAUUCCACCUUUACCUCCUCGGACACAGUUUCUCACACAAGCGGCUCAAAGCUACGAGAACCUGGCUGAGGUACCCAACUACGAGCAGAGCAUGCCCGAUUAUGAGCAGGACGUGGGCGACUACGAGCAGUGUACGCCCGACUACGUGGAGACCACGCCCGACUACGAGCAGAGCACGCCCGACUACGUGGAGACCACGCCCGACUACGAGCAGAGCACGCCCGACUACGUGGAGAGCACGCCCGACUAUGAGCAGAGCACGCCCGACUACGUGGAGAGCACGCCCGACUAUGAGCAGAGCACGCACGACUACGAGCAGAGCACGCCCGACUAUGAGCAGAGCACGCCUGACUACGAGCAGGACUUGCACGACUAUGUAAAGGUAGAUGAUGAGGAGAAGAUUCUCCUGCCUCCACCACCAUACCAGGAUCCAGAUCCAUCAGGGGACAACACCUCCAUGGAGGACUAUGACGAUAUAGGUGAAGACCAGGGGGAGGAGGACUACGACGACGUGGGAUAAGACCACGACAAAACAAGACACUUUUGACCUUCUUAUCUGAGUCCUGCUGAGCAGAGAGAUCAGAAAGACUUUAACCCUUCCAACAGAUUUUCUUUCGAUCGUUGGUAUUUUUUUUAUAUUAUUCGUGAAAAAGAAAAUAGCAGAUGAAGUUAUAUGUGCUGUAUGUGCAGAGAAAAGCACAGAAAUCAGUACUGAAGAGGCAGAAAACUGUAAGUGGUAUCCAAACAACUGAGGCAGAAAGGCUUGAUUCUACUUCUAUAAUCUUUAGCUAAUUUAUUCUAGCUUUAUUUUAAUUUUUUUAACAAUUAAUUAAUAGAUACGUGAUUAACAUGAGGGCAGGAUAUGUGAGACGUGACAAGGCAACAUAGAGAAACAAUGACAGACAAAAAUAAUAAUAACAAAUAAAUAAAUACAGUAGAAAUAAGGAGAAACAAAACAAGAAGUAACUAACUUCAGGCUACUAGAAGUACAGAUAUGAUUACGUAAUUAACAGGAGGAACCGGAGUUGUAACUGAGAUGAGAUGAUAUAAAACGUUCUUAUUGUUUGUUGUUUAUUCCAGCUUUAACCAACAUUGUUUACAGGCUGCAAACUGUCUAGUUAUAGUUAUAGAAGUGGCCAUACUGGACAAUCAACUAGCAGUUACGUGACGCAUGUACAUAGUUUAAAUAUUUGUGGACUAUAGACAACAUCUGUAACUAACUGAUCAGACAGAUGUGGUCUAUCAAAAUAAAGGUAUAGGUACUUUUAAUGUAUUGUAUAUUUUGAUUUAAAACAUUUUUUUAUCUCCAUAUUUUUUUUAAGAAUUGUUUGAUGUUUUUUUUAAAAUAUGCUUAUUUGCUUUCGUGCUGAGAGUCAGUCAGAGGAUUGUCCCUGAAAGCAGGGGGAAACAGCUAGCCUGGCUUUGUCCAACAUGUUUAAUGUUGUUUAAUCUGUACACAAACAGAAAUGUAUUUUUUAAAGCUUUGAAAUGUGUAUUUUGUUAUUAUUUUUAACACAUUUUUCUUAUUGUCAACAAAUCACAUGAAUCCAAAGUGUGACAUAGAGCUCCUCUAUUAAAUAUAUAUAUUAAAAACACACCAAUGAGCCGCCUUACAAUUAACAGAGCUGUGGUUUAUUUUGAGCCACCUGCUCUCAGAAAUACUCACCAGAGAAACAGAUGUGUAUUAAUCCACAGCUGAAAAUAGUCCCUAACAAAUGCACUAAUUACUCCUGUUUGAGAAAGUGCCCCAGUUUUUUGGGAAAUUAUUUAGUAUUUUCUUUAGAAAUGAAACUAUAAUUUUGUGACACAGUUUUAAAACUUUUACAUGUACAUUUAGAGGCUCAGACCAGGUAGAGAAGUCAGAAAGUACUCAAUGAUAGUCAUCGUUUUCAGAUGUUUUUGUGGGAUUUGCUGACAAUAACAAAAAUAUAGAAUAUAGCCUGUUGCUAAAGCCUAGUUCAGACCAAAGAUCUGCAACAAGACAAACUGAAACUUGCAGCUACUUACUGUGCAAUGCCUUCUGAAACCCCGUCAGUUUACACCAAAGCAAUAAUAUAUAGCAACAACAGGGUUUUAACAGGGUUUUAUUUGGGGUUUUUUUUUGUGGCUGGAUAUAAUUUGUAGCGUCCUCAAACAUAAAAUAAAGAUAGUGAUAGUUGCAUUUUAUUGAUAAACGAAAACUCUCAACAGGGUUGAGAAUUUGAAGCCAUCCACGGGUGUAUGGGUAUAUUUUAAGGCUUUGUGUCAAAGAAAUUGAUGAGGUAAUCGUCUUUUUUGCCUCCAUCCGUAACUCUGCCAUUUCAACCACACUGACAGUUUGUAACUGACUUGAUUAGCUGACUUUGUUACGAGCUGAUUGGCUGUUAAAGCAUGUGACGUGUGUGACAGCCUAAAACCAGCCACUGGAGAUUUGACAAGCUUAGUUGCAUCAGCUAAUCACUAUAAUGUGUUUUUGGCUUUAUCCGAGUUUCAUUAGUAGAACAGAUGCAGGCCUUUAUUGUGAAUUAGUGAUGAAUCACCCUCAUGCAUGAAUCAUAAUCAGUAAUAGCCGAACUGUACGUAUGACCCAUGAUGAUGAAGAUAUAGAAAGACAGAAAUGCAAAGACAUCUGCUAGUCGAGAGCGUCUCUGAGUCAUCAGCUACAUCAGUGUUAUUCUUUUAAAUCUAAAAAACUAAAAAAACACCUCUGAGACCAAACUCCAUUUAAAAAUCUGCCACUUUAAUACUAACAUGCACGCUGACAAUCACAUCUUCCUAAAUUUGAGAGCUUCUCAUAUGCAUGGCAAAAAUAGCAUAUGGGCAACAUUUAGCACCCCUGUAGUUUGCACCCUGUUUCUCUGUUUGUAUAAAUCUGUCAACACAAGCAUGAGGAAUCAUUGGUGCAUAUGUUUAUUGAGACUGUGAGUCAAUGUGUAAUUUGGUCCUGCCCCUGACAAAUAUAAUUUAAAAAACUAAAACUAACACUGAAACUAAUAAAAAACUACUUUACUUUACUUUACUGUGCUUAACGCUGGUAUGUUUCUAUAUCCUUUAAAGGAUCUGUGUGUAGGAUUCAGUGGCUUCUAGUAGUGAAGUUGCAACCAACUGAAUACCACUCACAAGAGAAACUACGGUGGCUGCUCUCCUGGACUUGAACCAGUCCAAAAAGUUUAAUAUUCAGAGUUAUUUCAAGGCUCACUAUAGAUUUUCACAGCAUACAUUUUCCCAUGUCAUUUCGGGAAAAGCCAAAGGUUGCAAAAGUAAAAAGUACUGAAUAUUUACUCAAGUAAAAGUAAAAAAAAUCCUCUCUUAGUUUCUCUGAAGGACGUUUCUAGCUGAUGUUUCAGUGCAAAGCUGAAACCUCAAAUCGGGCGUGUCGUUUUCUUCAUGUUAUGUCUAUCAAGCGUGAUAUGCACCGCUCUUAAUAUUGGGAAGGCAUACAAUAAUAGUAUAAUAAUAAUAAUAAUCAAUGAUUCUCCUUAAAUGCAUUAAAAACUAAAGUAACAAGCCUGAUCUGAAAAUGUAAGAAAGUAUGUAUAGAGAGUAAAAGUUAAAACACUGCCGCUGUGAAAAAGGUCUAUUUCUGUCUUUCCAGCCAGAACAUGUCAGAGCUUAAAAACAUGCUUAAUACCCUCUUUAUUUAACAAUGAAUAAUAUAUGGGUGUAAUGUGCCCCUUAUGAUUUCUAUCUGGCUGGUUCUUCCACCUCUUGUUCCCAUUUAGUUGGUUAAGAGUAAUUUCUUAGCAGUUCUCCAGUCCCUUGAAGCCUUUUCAGUUUAAUUAUCAGAACUGUUUGUGUAUUGAGGAUAUUAAAGCUUUUAAAUUAUGCAAACAGGUAUUUCUUAUCUGGGUUAUUGCACAGAAGGGCUAAAAAACAAUGCCCCAUCGCACUUGGACCUGCAAUGUAGUCGUGAAAAAUGAACCUAAUAAGGUUUUAGUGAGACAAAAAUGAAGUUGAGAGUAACAUGAUGAUUCACAUAUUCUGAGAGAGGAGGGACGCGUUUGCAACACUUUUUUUACGACGCAACCAGUCAUGGAACGUUUGGAUUGGUUCAGAAAGCCACUUCUCUGUGUCUGACUGGUAACCGUCACAUUUCCUCAGAAAAAAAAAAAAAAAGUGCCAUGUCUGCUUAAAACCAGAGUUUAUGCAUUUCUACCACCAUUUGGCAACAACUGCAGCAAGAGUCAGCGAAAGAGCUGGUGUUGGUUCUCCUGCUCAUUUCCUGACUGCUCAGAAGUCAAACGGGACGUCAAGGGAGGUUACAGUCAAAGUGCGGGGACUUCUAAUAACAUUAAUGUAGUUGUUGCU